AUGACGUCUCGCUUGCUUGGCGCAGCCAUUAUCGAUAAGACAGUACUGUGUACGGCCCUCGGUGUUGCCGUGCAACAAGGAGCGCCUCUUGUCUCCGCUGACCAGUGGGAUGAACGCGCCGACGCCAUCGUUGCCACCUUCACCGACGACGACAUUAUCGGCCAAAUGACCCAAAUCGACAUCAACCAGCUCCUCACAGAGGACAACAAGGUUGACGACGACAAGGUGCGCGCGUACGCCAAGAUGCGCGUCGGCUCGUACCUCACCAGUCCGUUCAACAACGGGCCCGUGAACGGCACGUACAUGUGGACCGCCGACGAGUGGCGUGAAGUGAUCACGAGGAUCCAGGAGAUCACGAUGGAGGAGAAUGGUGAUCACCCGAUGGUGUACGGCGUGGACUCUGUGCACGGCGCCAUCUUCGUGAAGGACGCCGUGCUGUUCGGCCAGCAAAUCAACGGCGGCGCGUCGUUCAACCCCGACCUCGUGUACGAGCAGGGUCGCAUCACCGGCCGCGACACGGAGGCGUCGGGCGUACCAUGGGCCGAGAUCAACCAGCUCACGGACUUCCACCGCACCGCGCGCAACGAGACCGAAGCCACCCGCAUCUCGCUCACACGCGCGUCCGUGGACAUGAGUAUGGUAGCGCAGGACACGAGCUUCUACAACGGCACUAAGGCGCUGUUGGAGCAGAGUCCACAGUUCCGCGAGCGGCUCAAAGAGUCUGCCCGUCGCGUGGUCAAGAUGAAGCUGCAGUUGGGUCUGUACGAGACACCCGUGCGCGGCGAAGAGAACCUCGCACUCAUCGGCAACGACGACGAUAUCUCGGCGGCUCUGGAGCUGGCGCGCGAAUCUAUUGUGUUGCUGCAGAACAACGACAGCACACUGCCGCUCAAGGAGGACGCGUCGGUGUUCCUCACGGGCUUCACCGCCGACAACAUCGGCCGUAUGUGCGGCGGUUGGACGAUCGCAUGGCAAGGCUACAGCGACCAGGACCACCUGCUCACAAAGGGAAUUACGGUCAAGUCGAUCAUGGAGACGCUCGUCGGCAACGACAGCUUCAGCUUCUUCAACGGCCUUCAUCCAAACGGUUCGUACACGGAGGCGGACCUGGCGACGGCGAAGGAAUUGGCUAGCAAGGCUGAGUACACCAUCGCCGUGAUCGGCGAGGACACGUACGCCGAGAAACCUGGUGACAUUGACGACCUGGCGUUGCCCGCCGGUCAGAUUGAGUACGUGAAGGAGCUGGUAUCCACAGGUACGAAAGUGAUCUUGGUGUUGUUCGAGGAUCGUCCACGUCUGCUUGGUGACCUACCCGAGACCGUGCACGCGGUGGUGAACGGUUUGUUGACAUGUGAGCUGGGUGGCCAAGCCAUGGCCGAGAUCAUCUACGGCAAAGUAAACCCCAGCGGCCGCAUGCCAAUCACGUACCCGAAGGACCAGGCCAACAUCCAGAUGACGUCCAACCACCCUGUGACGAGCAUGUUAUUGGAACUCCGUUCCGUUUGGCAGCACUCUGGACUUGUGAAAGUAAAAUGA